AUGGAUUUAAACGGGACGUUACAUGAAACUACAACAUUGAAGUACGAUAAUACUACGCUGUCGACGACGUGGAGUCCGGAAAUAUCGAACUAUUCUGACCACAGUUUGAUAUCACUGACAGUGAGUAGUAUACGUCCCAAUGAAAAAUCGUCGUCGUUAUCAAUUUCGCUUACACUGACGGCAAUAGCUGGUGCUGUUCUAAGUCUAGCUAUAAUCGUGGGAAAUCUCAUCGUUAUAUUACUCUUCGCAAAAGUUAGAGAUCUUCGGAAGCUAUCCAAUUUACUCAUUCUCAAUCUAGCCGUUUCGGAUUUAUUUGUUGGCGUGAUAUCAACUCCCGUUUUUACUAUGUACAAUAUAAUGGGAAAGUGGCCGUUUAGUCGUUUAGUGUGUGAUAUAUGGCUUGCCCUUGAUUAUAAUAUUUGCAGUGUUUCAUUAUUCGCCAUAUUGGCUAUAACUGUGGAUCGAUACAUUGCAUUAGUUGAUCCAAUACGACAUUUAACUCGGAUCAACAAACGACAAAUUUGGACAACAAUAUGCCUGACAUGGAUAAUAUCAUUUAUAAUAUACGGGCUGCCUAACUUUAUGUGGCCUCGAUUUCAAAGUGAACGCCAUACUUCAGAGAAAGAGUGUGUAAUUGCAUAUUUCGACGUUACAUGGUUCAUACUGUCGCAAACUAUUUUAGGAUAUUGGAUUCCAUUAUUCGUUGUAUUCGCACUGUAUAUCAAAAUAUAUCGAGUAGCCACGAGAACCGCACGAAAGAGAGGAAGACGCAAACGCACAUUUAUCUUUAGAAACAAUGCUGGCAAAAGACACAUUGAGAGGGAACAGCAUGGGGUACAAUGCCUGGGUAUUAAAUACAUUAAUCCAAGUGACACGCCUAUAAUCAACGAAGCAGCGAGAGAUCCAAUAAUCAAUGAACCGAGUAUAGCUAAAUUACGCCCUGCACAUACCAACAAUGACAAUGACAACAAUUGUGCAACGUCUAUGAAUUCAGGUAACGCCUAUGGAAAUCUAACCGUCAAGGAGAGAUUACACGUGGAAGGUUGCGACGAUCACUCGACAACCAGGGCGGAACCUAAUAACAUGUCGAUAAAUGAAUAUAGUGAUGUGACAUACCACGAUGUAACAGACACUGCCGCCGUGGAAGUAGAAAUAUCAGAUUGCAGUGACCUAAAUCAUGCUCCUAGCAGUGAAAUUGGAGUUAUGAAUUUAGCAUUUUCAAAGGAUGGGGAUGACUUUGAAACAGUGAAGCCAAAUAACGAUAAAAAUAGUGAACACAAUGAACGGGCCUGUGUUUCCAAUACCGAUAUAGGUAAUUCUGAAGUUCACGGUUUAUCGAUUUGCAAUUUUGAAAAAAAUAACUGCGAUAAAUCGAAAAUAAGUGACGUAACGUCAAGUCACGUACGCGGAUCGGAGAACGCACCAAUGAAUUAUACUUUGAUGUCAACGGGUCAACAGACACACUCUUCAAUGGCGCAUGUCGGAACACCGGAGAUAGAGGUAGUCAAUAACCACACAUCGCUCGUCACGCAUAAUAUCGAAAUUAAAUCCGCGGCAGAGCCAGUUGAUCGAUACUCCAAGUCGGACAAAAAACUGCCUUCUGUUGAUGACGAACAUUCGAGAAUUAGUUCAAAUAUUGCAAGCACGAUGGCAGGAAGAAGAUCUAACACCACACCGAGUGACAGUAAAACAUUCCUCACCGUCACUGCAUUACUGGCAGCAUUGGUCUGCUGCUGGAUGCCGUAUCACAUAGUUGCUAUGGUGAUUACCUUCUGUCCAAAAUGCAUUCACCCAAAUGUGUUUAAAAUAGUCUACUGGAUUUACUACACAAACAGUGCAAUUAAUCCUAUUUGUUACGCACUUGCUAAUCCAAAGUUUCGAAAAGCGCUUAAGAGACUCCUUUUCAAAUGUAAACUAGUUUGA